UUAUGCGGGAAUUACCGCACGAAACACAAAAAAAAAAGCACUCACCACCGCAUAGCCGGCCAUCUUUUCCUCUCCUCACCUCAGCAAAAACCUUUACGUCCUUCCUGCGCACUGGAUUCUUCUCACUGCUCUCUCCUUUCUAGCCCUAGAAAGAAAAAAAACUACCCGCAAGGGGCAAAAGACGUUUCCUUUUCUUCGACCUCCAUUAUCUGGACUUCGGUGCUUUUAGCAUACGGAAGGGAUCGCAGCUCGGCAACUCGAAAAAAUGGAGGAGCAGAUAACGAAUGCCGGAGCCUUGGAUGGAAAGCCUGAGCUCUCACUAUACGAAUUGAGUCCUCUGAAUGUAACUGCCACAGUAAGUGAGAGUGGUGGGAAUGACUUUUCUUCUUGCAAGCCGUCCAUAUUGGAUGAGAUGGAUUCAUAUAUGGAGGACCUUAAUGCUCGUUUGAUAGUCUCAAGAAUGGUAAGUAAUUCUGUUAUCAAAGGGAUUGCUAGUGCCAUAGAGCAGGAGUGUGCUGAAAAAAUUUCCUUAAAAGAAGGGAUUACAAAUCUUAAUAAUAAGUUGCAAUUUCAUGAUGCUAUCUCAGAAAAUUGUAAAAAAAAUGCUAUUUUCAUGGAAGAAAAUGUAGUGUUUAGCCAUUCCACUUUAAACUCAAGUGCAAUAAGUCAUAUUGAGCAUGCAAACAGAUUGAGAAUCGAGGUAGAAGAUUUGAUCCAAAAGCUCAAGGACGAAUUUGGGAGGGCAACGAGAACUGAUCUUAGUCAAUCUGAUAAUUUACAUGUGGAGGCGGGACAGUGUAGAAGCUGUUCUCAGAUAGAAGGUGUCCAUAAAUUUGAGAUAGUGGAGGGGUGUAUUCAUUCUCUUGAAACACUGCUAACAGAAAUGAGAGCAUAUAUUGCUGCAAUAAUUUCCUCUGAUAAAACUUUGAUUUGUGAGCAGCAAUCGGAGAAUGAUAUUCAAAUAGAUAGUACUACAGCCAUGCUUCAAAACCUUAUUACAGGUUUGCAACAUGAGUAUGAAACAAUCAUCCAUGAUAAAAAACCUUUUAUGAUUGAUUUAAAGGAGAAGUGGCAGAGAAAAUCUGCUGAACUUUCUAAUGUACGACGGGAACUCGAAGAUUUGUAUAAAUCAUCCAUUAGUUUGGAACCGGGAUUAAUAUUCCCGCAUGUCAGUCAUGAAAUUUUGGAAGAGCGAAAUGCAUUGAAGACGAAGGAUCAGGUCCAUUGGAAGCCAGUGGGAAACAAUAUUGCAUCCCAUGGUGAAAAUAGUCCAAUUUUAAUAGAGAAUGUUGAGGAACUUGACAAGCCUAUUAUUGUCGAUUCUCCCCAGUUGAUGUGCAUGACUAAGGAGGAGCUCAUAACCUACUUUAAAACUGAAAUGGCCAAGAUGAAAAGACAACAUGAUGUUGCUUUGCAAGAGAAGACAGAGGAAUUGUUCAGCAUUAAGCGUUUGUUUUUCAAGGAGAAGGGUUCCAAUCUUUCGAAUUUUAAGAAAGACAAGGAAGCUGAGUUGAUGAAGAAAAGGAUUGCCGAAACUGUUUCCAAGUUGGAUGACAUUAUUUUGGAAAAUGAGAAUAUAAGUACUAUUUUUUAUGACGAAGGGUUAUGCAGUUUUAAGGAGAAAAUUGAUGGUAUCCUUUUAGAAAAUCAACGACUAGCGUCUCUUUUAGCUGCUAAAAAGAAGGAAACUUUACAUGACUGUUCCAAGGUUUUGGAUACGUCAAAUCAGUUAACAAAUAUAUUUGUAGGUUUGGAGGAUGUUGAUCAGAUAGAGAAACUCCAAUGGGAUACGGAGGCUUUGAAGAUUGAAAUGAGUUAUAACGAUGUUAUAAAUAAGAGUGCUUUGAGGCAAUUGUCUGGUGAACUUCGAGAUAGAGUUGAAGGCAUGGAGAUGGAAACCCAGGUUGAUCGAUCCAUUCACGUUUUUAUUCUUAAAGAAGUUGUUAGGGAUGUUCUCUUCAGGAUAAAAAUUGUUAUGAUGAAAUGUUAUGAGGAGAAGGACUCUCUUUCAGAAAUCCUUUCGGAGAAAAAAAAGGAAUUAUGCUUAGAACUUGAAAAGAACAAAAUUUUGAAGGAGCAGAUAGAAUCAUCUUCAACAUUGUUGAAAAUGAAGGAAAAACUUGCAUCGGAUUUGGAGGCUUCUGUAAUUCAACAAAGUGAACAAUUGGACUCGAUAUGCCAUGAACGUGACAUGCUGAGAGACCAGGUCUAUAAGCAAGAAGUGAUUAUUGCAGAGACAAAAAAUGAAUCUGAUCUGUUAAAGUGCAGAUUGGAGGAUAGAUUUCAUGAUGUUGAUAGACUCCAAAAUGAGAUAAAUAAAAUAAAUCAGAAUUUCAAGAUUGUUUCAGAUGCUUUAUUGGAUGCUGAGAAACAGAAAAACAUUCUUCAAUCCAAGCUUAUCGAGAAUCAAGCAGAACUUGCUUCAGAAAUAAAAAAGGGGAAAGAGCAAAGAAAGCAGGUGAAGUUAAUGCUUACUUUCAUGUUAGAGUUACCAAAAUCUUUGGAGGAAUUGCAACAUAAGAUAAUUGAUAUUAUGGAGUGUAAUGAAUCAAGGUUAAAGGUGUUGAGUUGUAUAAGUGACAAGCUUUUACAGCGGGCGAAGAAGUUUCUAUUGUACAAAGAAGUGUUUGAAAGAAGAUGCGAAGAUCUUCAUAAGGCUGAAACUGAGGUUGAUCUUUUAGGUGAUGAGGUUGAUCAACUGAUCUCUCUUCUUGGCAAGAUAUACUUGGCUCUUGAACAUUAUUCUUCAGUGUUACAGUAUUAUCCUGGGGUUAUGGAGACUCUGAAUCUGAUUAGAAGAGAAAUUAAAGGAGAAUAAUAAAUCAUUUCGACAAGUUUCUUUGGUGAAUGGAGUAAUUUCUUGUUCGCUAACCGAUUUUGCUAGCAAAUGGAAUCUAAUAUUGUUAUCCUUCUUCUGCAAACUGUCAUUAACUAGUCCAGACUCCUGAGCCUGUGCUUCGAUCAAACAUACAGGAAGAGAGAAACUCCAUUGGCAGUUCAGUUUGCUUUGAAUUUGGUAUUAUUUUUUAUCAGAAGAUGGGAAGUUUUUAUUUUUGUUUUGAUGUUUAUAUUGUUUGUUUAGUUGGAAGUUUUUUGAACUGUAAAUGGAUGGGUAGAAUUUUGAAGCUGUAAUAUGCAUAUUAGUCACCAGUAUACAGACUUGAGUUGAAAAUGCUUAGGCUUCGUUUGGGACAGCUUUCUUUCUUUUUAAAAUAACUUUUUAGUACAGCUGCUUUAAAAAGCAGUAAGAAAACCGUCUCAAAUGAAGCCGUAGUUACUGUAUAAGCUGCUUUGAAUAGAAAUGCAACAUUUUGCUACAGUUGGAUUCCAGUAAUAGGGCUUCUCUGUAGUUUGUUUUGAGCCAUAAAAUUCUUUUUGAAUGACUA